AAAAUUUUCAGCCCCCAAACAACGUGCACAUACAUUUUAUUCCAGUCACAACAUUUUAAAUAAUUAAAGUAAAGUCAUAUGGCCGAACGCUAUGACCGCGCAGUGACCAUUUACUCACCCGAUGGGCACCUGCUGCAGGUGGAAUAUGCCCAGGAGGCAGUUCGAAGGGGUUCCACGGUGAUGGGUCUGUGUACCAACAACGCCAUAGUGCUCGGCGUGGAGAAAAGGUCCGUGGGCGAUUUGCAGGAGGAGCGAAUGGUGCGCAAGAUUUGCAUGCUCGACGACCACGUGGUAAUGACUUUUGCGGGGCUUACGGCGGAUGCACGCAUCCUGGUAAGUCGCGCCCAGGUGGAGUCCCAGAGUCACCGCUUGAAUUUCGAAAAGCCCGUGAGCGUUGAGUACAUAACCCGCUUCAUGGCCCAGCUAAAGCAGAAUUACACGCAGAGCAACGGGAGGCGUCCGUUCGGAGUGUCCUGUUUGGUUGGGGGCUUCGACGAGGACGGCGCUCCGCACCUGUUCCAGACCGAGCCCUCGGGCACCUUCCACGAGUGGAGGGCCAGCAGCACCGGGCGGUCUGGCCAGCCGGUCCGCGACUAUAUGGAGAAGCACGCGGACGCGAUUCUGGCCGCCGUCGAUGAGCCCGCGGCCAUCAAGCACAUAGUCCGUACUCUGAUGAGCGUGUCCUCGCUGAAUCACAACCAAAUGGACGUGGCUGUGCUGAAGUACAAGCAGCCACUGCGUAUGAUUGAUCGCCAAAUGCUGGCCGAUAUUGUGCGAACGGUUCGCGCGGAGUUGGAGGCGGAAGCGGAGGUUAAUCGGAAGACCCCCCGUGUUGGCUAAUUUUCGGACAUGGCCCUGGGUCAAAUUCAUCGCCCUUUCAUGACCAAUCAAACGUUGAUAUCCUUAGCUUCUCGAGCAAUUCAAUUUCGACCCGGGAGAUGGGGGAAAAGUAAUCAGCAGGAAAAAUGUGUAAAGCGGGCCAAAUCACUUAAUUUGUCUCGAGGGCGUAUUUGUUUACUUUAUAUCUCCAGACGAAGGCGCGUCCGCCUCUCUUUUCAGGCCAACCAAGUUAAAAAGUUUUAAGUGAAAAUGGGAAUUGAAUUUGUAGAGGAAAAAAUAAGAGAAAUGCGCGCACACAUGCAGAAAAUA